AUGGGUGAUGAUGAUGAUGAUGCUGAUGGUGACAGCAACUCCAAGAUUGAUGAAUUUCUCCACCAAGACGUCUUUCCCCAACACAAGACAUCUUUCCCCAACCCAAGACAUCUUUCCCCAACACAAGACAUCUUUACCCAACGCAAGACAUCUUUCCCCAACACAAGACAUCUUUCCCCAACCCAAGACAUCUUUCCCCAACACAAGACACCUUUCCCCAACCCAAGACAUCUUUCCACAACCCAAGACAUCUUUCCCCAACCCAAGACAUCUUUCCCCAACACAAGACAUCUUUCCCCAACACAAGACAUCUUUCCCCAACACAAGACAUCUUUCCCCAACACAAGACAUCUUUCCCCAACACAAGACAUCUUUCCCCAACCCAAGACAUCUUUCCCCAACCCAAGACAUCUUUCCCCAACACAAGACACCUUUCCCCAACCCAAGACAUCUUUCCACAACCCAAGACAUCUUUCCCCAACCCAAGACAUCUUUCCACAACCCAAGACAUCUUUCCACAACCCAAGACAUCUUUCCCCAACCCAAGACAUCUUUCCCCAACCCAAGACAUCUUCCCCCAACCCAAGACAUCUUUCCCCAACCCAAGACAUCUUUCCCCAACCCAAGACAUCUUUCCCCAACCCAAGACAUCUUUCCCCAACCCAAGACAUCUUUCCCCAACCCAAGACACCUUUCCCCAGCGGCGCCAAUCGUUGCCAAAGGUGUAAAGUGUGGCGGCCCUGA